GAAACGGUCAGCAAUCUGUGCAAGACCCAUUAAAGAGCAAGGGGGUUGCUUGGGCUCCUGAAUUUGUGAAGCAAGAAAGAGCAGCAGAGAAACAGGAGCACCAUGAGCACCGCAGGAAAAGUCAUUAAAUGCAAGGCAGCUGUCGCUUGGGAGAUUAAGAAACCCCUGGUCAUUGAGCAAAUUGAAGUAGCUCCUCCAAAGGCUCAUGAAGUUCGUAUUAAGAUUUUGGCCACUGGGAUCUGUCGCUCAGAUGACCAUGUGAUCAGUGGUGCAUUUACUGUGCCCCUUCCAAUGGUUUUGGGCCAUGAAGCAGCUGGAGUUGUGGAGAGUGUUGGAGAGGGAGUAACCUGUGUGAAACCAGGAGACCAUGUUAUCCCACUCUUUAACCCACAGUGUGGAAACUGCAGUUCUUGUCGAAAUACCAGAGGCAACCUUUGUACUCAAAAUGACCUCAGUGAACCUCGUGGAUUGAUGCCUGAUGGCACCUGCAGGUUUACUUGCAAAGGGAAGAGCCUUCACCAUUUCAUUAGCACCAGCAGCUUCACGGAAUACACAGUGGUGCAUGAGAAUGCAGUGGUCAAAAUUGAUGCCGCCGCCCCUCUGGAAAAAGUGUGUCUGAUUGGCUGUGGGUUUUCCACUGGUUAUGGAGCAGCCGUUCAAACAGCCAAGGUGGAACGUGGUUCUACCUGUGCUGUCUUUGGCUUGGGAGGAGUCGGUCUCUCAGCUGUCAUGGGAUGCAAGGCUGCAGGAGCUUCCCGAAUCAUUGGGGUCGAUAUCAAUAAAAGUAAAUUUCCUAAAGCUCUGGAGGUGGGAGCCACUGAGUGUGUCAACCCACUGGAUUAUAAGAAACCCAUCAGUGAAGUACUGUUUGAUUUGACUGGUGGCCAAGGUGUAGACUAUUCAUUUGAAGUGGUUGGACGCACAGAUACCAUGACGGCUGCCUUGGCUUCCUGCCAUGAAAAUUAUGGAAUCAGUGUAAUUGUGGGGGUGCCUCCUUCAGCAUCUGAGAUCAGCUUUAACCCAAUGCUUCUUUUCACUGGCCGUACCUGGAAAGGAUCUGUGUUUGGAGGCUGGAAGAGCAAGAACUCUGUCCCUAAACUGGUUUCUGAUUACAUGGGGAAGAAGUUUGUUCUGGAUCCCUUAAUUACUCACACUUUACCUUUCGAGAAAAUCAAUGACGGAUUUGAAUUGCUCCGAACUGGAAAGAGCAUCCGCACUGUCUUGACAUUUUAAGAACUUGAAUAAGAUUGGAGUGGCAAUAGCUGAAGAUCGUUCUACACAGCUUUCCUACUGAAUCAUAUGUGCUGGAAUUUUGGUUUCUUCUGUUCAAAUACCCAUGCUUGCUUAAUGGACUAAAUGAAUGCUGGAUACUAGACAGAAAUUGUAGAAUUUAUUAGGAAAUUUGAUUCUAUUAGUUUUGCUAGCCUAUAAUGGGUUAGAUCAACAAACCUAGGGAGUCUAUGUCAUCAGCAACUAUUGCUUUGAUAAACAGCGGCCGAGUUCAGACUGGUAGUUUGUCCCGAUAUAGGCACAUUUCAGAAACUUUCCACAGGAAAUUCAGGAAUUCGGUAAAUUAGCUGGAUUUAAAAUCAGUUUUAAAAUCAACAUCCCGUACUUACAGCUGUGCCUCCGGGUCAACAGUGUGAAC